AAGGAGCCGCUUGUGGUCGUUCGCUUCCUCCACACGCGGCAAAACUCAUCCUCGUCUCCGCUCGUCCUUCCUCUGCAUGGGCCGACUAGACCGGCUACCUUCGCAGCGGCGUACUGAGUAGACCAACAGCCGUCCACUGCUGUCGACUUCCCUAUUGUCAUGGUAGACGGCUCUCGCAAGGCCUCCACCUCGCGCCGCCCUCGGUCGCGAUUGCCAUCGCGAAGCUACUCACCCCUAUCCGUCUCGCCUUCAUCCUCUGUCGAGUCGCUCCUGACGGCUCAGGCCCGACCCCGCCCUCUCAAGGUUGUCAUCAUUGGACCUGCGUCCGUGGGAAAGACGACGCUACGACAACGGUACUUCACUCGUCGUUUCCAGCGGAAUUACAAAGCGACUAUUGGGACUGACUUUGAGGCAAAGGUAGUGGAAUGCAAAGGGACGGACUGGGGUACAGCAGCCGAUGCGCAAAAGUCUGGUCUCAGGACUGCGAAGGGCAAGGCCAAGGCGACGGACUUCGUAGGCGGCAUUGCCGAGGACGAGGAGAUAGGCCCAUCUCGGAAGAUACUGCUGACUGUAUGGGAUACCGCAGGCCAGGAACGCUUCAGAGCCCUGGGAUCGGCCUUCUACAGGGGCGCUGAUGCGGUGGUCAUCUGUUUUGACGCCUCGUCCGAAUCUGAGGCACAAGUUCAGCAUGACAUACAGGAAUGGUACACUGACUUCAAAGACAAGUCAGGCUUGACAGCCUCUCAGAAUCGGCCGUUCUGCUGGGUCGCAGUGGGCUGCAAAGCCGACCUCAGAGGCGAUGGCGCGGUAGCGAGACGGCAAGUCAGGCAAAUGCUCAAUCGCCUCAUCGCGCGGAGGGGAGGAGACAAUGCUGAUGGUGGUCUGCAGACAGGCGGGGAAGGUCAGGGCGAUGAGCCCCCUGCAGAUCCGAAAGACGUACUCUCACGAGAGGGCAUGCACGAGGAAGACGACCGUGAUCUUCACAUUGACGAGCAUGUCCGCAACGGGGCUGUGAAUCAAGAGCAAACGGAAGGCGCUGAGGCAGGUGUGAUACGCGAUCCCAUGGAAAAGUUCGAGAUUGGCGCCAAGCCGGGUGAGAAGGUUAGUAGGGCAGAUCUGAAGCUGGGCAGAAGUCCUUCAGCAGAAUGCCAAGAUGAGAUCCAUGGCCAUCUGCAAACGACAAAAGGCAUGAUCAGAAGUCGGAGCGAUGCGACGGAUGCGACGGUCGAAUCCGUGAAUACUGUCCGCGAGAGGGCCAGGGCGGAACAAGAAGACAAGCAUCGGCCCUUCCCGAGCUCUUCACCUCCACCAUCCAGUGGCAGUCUGUCGGUACCGCCCCGGACGCCUCCUCCAAAGAAGUCUUCCCAUCUGCGACGUCCUCGGAACGAGCGUGGCGACAGUGAUGGUACAGCACCAGUCGAUGUGCGCUCGCGCUACGACUCCAACAUCUCCAUCUCUUCUUCAGCUCACUUGAGCGUCUACCAUACCCCAAGAAAUUCACAGAUGUAUGGAACGAGCUCUUCCGCUACAGACAAUGAGACUGGCUCGCCUCGAGGUGUACGCAAGCUUGGUCAGAAGGCGUCACUCAGUACUCUCGGUAAGGACGACGAUCCGGCCCUCGCUCCAGAGACGGAGAAAGAGCAGACAGCAUUCCGUAGUGGAUUGCUCUUAGAGGAAGAUUCUAACACACGGAAGACGGAAGCCACUGCGACGCCAGUUGCUGCAGAUCCGCAGAAGCAUAGUACACCAGCCCGCAGGCGAAGAUCCCUCUCUACAGCUUCGGGUCAAACGCUCGCUGGUGCCAAAGCCAAGGUACAUCGACAGCUCAAUGGCGCCGAAGCGGCUGAAGGGGAGCUGCAGACUCCUGUGCGCAAACACCUGGACGAUCUUCCCUCACCACCUCGACCGAUCCAAGGCUUUUCCCUCUUCUACACUUCUUCCCUUGACGGCACCAAUGUCCAGGCCGUCUUUGAGCACAUCAUUUCCCGCUGCUCGGCCAAGUGGGACUGGGACGAGUAUACGCAUCGUAUGGAUGAGCUGCAUGCCAGACGACGUAGCAGACUCCUGGCUGGAGGCGCUGGGGUGAGACGGAGGAGGAGCAUUUGGGAGACUCUUCGAGGCGGUUGGAAGGGUGUAGGAGGGAGUGAAGACGAGGAGGAUCGCAUGGAUGAGGAGAUGAGGAGGAUGGUGAGACUGAGCGAUGGAAAGGGAGACGACCGGGGCGGAUGUUGCUGAUGGCUCUGGCCGUUUCUCCUCAAUAUUCGUCGCUGCGAAUGCGAUGCCAAGUCUCAUUUGCUUCUCAUCGAAGGGCCGCGUAGGUAACAGCAUGCGCUCACGGCGUCUCAAAUUCCACUCCUUCCAUUGCCUUUCCCACUUUUGGUUGUUUUCUGCUUGCGA